AUGUUUCUGGAAAUGCAGUUAACAGAACUUACCAGCCGACGUAUUAUUUUCUUUAAAUUAUACCAUUCCCAUCACCUUGCCCCAUUCUCCCGCUUUCCAUCACCCCGCCACAUUCUCCCGCUUUCCAUCACCCCGCCCGAUUCUCCCGCUUUCCAUCACCCCGCCCCGUUCUCCCGCUUUCCACCACCCGGGCCCAUUCUCCCGCUUUCCAUCACCCCGCCCCGUUCUCCCACUUUCCACCACCCCGGCCCAUUCUCUCGCUUUCCAUCACCCCGCCACGUUCUCCCUUUUUCCAUCACCCUGCCCCGUUCUCACGCUUUCCAUCACCCCGCCCCAUUUUCCCGUUUUCCAUCACCCCGCCCCAUUCUCCCGCUUUCCAUCACCCCGCCCCAUUCUCCCUCUUUCCAUCACCCCGCCCCAUUCUCCCUCUUUCCAUCACCCCGCCCCAUUCUCCCUCUUUUCAUCACCCCGCCCCAUUCUCCCUCUUUCCAGCACUCCGCCCCAUUCUCCCGCUUUCCAGCACCUCGCCCGAGUCUCCCGCUUUCCAUCACCCCACCACAUACUCCCGCUUUCCAUCACCCCGCCCGAUUCUCCCGCUUUCCAUCACCCCGCCCCAUUCUCCCGCUUUCCAUCAUCCCGGCCCAUUCUCCCGCUUUCCAUCACCCCGCCCCGUUCUUCCUCUUUCCAUCACCCCGCCCCGUUCUCCCGCUUUCCAUCACCCCGCCCCGUUCUCCCGCUUUCCAUCACCCCGCCCUAUUCUCCCGUUUUCCAUCACCCGCCCCAUUCUCCCGCUUUCCAUCACCCAGGCCCAUUCUCCUGCUUUCCAUCACCCCGCCCCAUUUUCCCUCUUUCCAUCACCCUGCCCCAUUCUCCCUCUUUCCUUCAACCCCCCCCCUUCUCCCUCAUUCCAUCACCCCGCCCCAUUCUCCCUCUUUCCAUCACCCCGCCCCAUUCUCCCUUUUUCAAUCACCCGCCCCAUUCUCCCGCUUUCCAUCACCCAGCCCCAUUCUCCCGCUUUCCAUCACCCCGCCCCAUUCUCCCUCUCUUCAUCACCCCACCCCAUUCUCCCUCUUUCCAUCACCCCACCCCGUUCUCCCUGUUUCCAUCAACCCGCCCCAUUCUCCCUCUUUCCAUCACCCCGCCCCAUUCUCCCGCUUCCAGCACCCCGCCCCAUUCUACCUCUGUCCAUCACCCCACCCCAUUCUCCCUCUUUCCAUCACCCCGCCCUAUUCUCCCUCUUUCCAUCACCCCGCCCCAUUCUCGCUGUUUCUAUCACCCCGCCAUAUUCUCCCUCUUUCCAUCACCCCGCCCAAUUCUCCCGCUUUCCAUCACCCCGCCCCAUUUUCCCUCUUUCCAUCACCCUGCCCCAUUCUCCGUCUUUCCAUCAACCCGCCCCAUUCUCCCUCUUUCCAUCACCCCGCCCCAUUCUCCCUCUUUCCAUCACCCCGCCCCAUUCUCCCUUUUUCCAUCACCUGCACAAUUCUCCCGCUUUCCAUCACCCCGCCCCAUUCUCUGCUUUCCAUCACCCCGCCCCAUUCUCCCUCUGUCCAUCACCCCACCCCAUUCUCCCUCUUUCAAUCUCCCCUCCCCAUUCUCCCUCAUUCCAUCACCCCGCCCCAUUCUCCCUCUUUCCAUCACCCCGCCCCAUUCUCCCGCUUUCCAGCACCCCGCCCCAUUCUCCCGCUUUCCAUCACCCCGCCUGAUUCUCCCGCUUUCCAUCACCCCACCCCAUUCACCCGCUUUCCAUCACCCCGCCCCAUUCUCCCGCUUUCCAUCACCCUGCCCCAUUCUCCCUCUUUCCAUCACCCCGCCCCAUUCUCCCGCUUUCCAUCACCCGCCCCAUUCUCCCGCUUUCCAUCAUCCCGCCCCAUUCUCCCGCUUUCCAUCACCCCGACCCAUUCUCCCUCUAUCCAUCACCCCGUCCCAUUCUCCCUCUUUCCAUCACCCCGCCCCAUUCUCCCUCUUUCCAUCACCCCGCCCCAUUCUCCCGCUUUCCAUCACCUCGCCCCAUUCCCCCUCUUUCCAUCACCCCGCCCCAUUCUCCCUCUUUCCAUAACCCCGCCCCAUUCUCCCGCUUUCCAUCACCCCACCCCAUUCUCCUGCUUUCCAUCACCCCGCCCCAUUCUCCCGCUUUCCAUCACCCCGCCCCAUUCUCCCGCUUUCCACACCCCGCCCCAUUCUCCCGCCUUCCAUCACCCCGCCCCAUUCUCCCGCUUUCCAUCACCCCGCCCCAUUCUCCCUCUUUCCAUCACCCCGCCCGAUUCUCCCUCUUUCCAUAACCCUGCCCCAUUCUCCCGCUUUCCAUCACCCCUCCCCAUUCUCCCGCUUUCCAUCACCCCGCCUGUGAAGAAAUGA